CCUCAACUGAGCCAGGUCUCUCAGGCAGUUUGAGCCGUAGAACGCACUGCAAAAAAAAAAGGUGAUAGAAGGCUUGUAUACUGUCUACAUUUCUUUCCUGCUUUUCCUGCGUCUCGUUGCACAGAAAUAAGCCGUUUAGUGUUGCCCAAUAACGCUUGAGAACGAAGCAGCAGAAAAAGAAGAAAACAGUCCUUAUGGAUUUGUAUUCGAAUGCGCAAAACUGGACGCAGAAUUUAACUGGAGGCUCUCCAUCCACCGACGACUGGAAAGAACAGUCGUCCCCCACAAAUGGAGCAGGAGGUCCUCCUGGAACAACUGCGCAACAGCCAAGUCUCGAUUUGAGCGACUAUACAAUAGGUGACCUCGCGGGACCUUCAACGUCUUCAUCCAUCUCUCAACCACCUGCGUAUUAUGGCGGUCCAUUCAAUCCAUUCUACUUAUCUUCAGUUCCCGGUCCUUAUAAUGCCGUACCUUAUGGUUCAAUGUCUUGGACUAACCCACAAACCCAUUUACCGUUAUCGAAUUACUCCACACUCAAUGGAGCAACUUCUACGACCUCCUCUCAACAGUCCGCUUCUCAGCAUCAAUCAACGACCCCCGCACAGAACCAGCAGCCGAUGAUGAUUGAUCCUGCAUUGACAACUAUGAACGGAUCUGGAUCGGAACCGCCCCGACAAUAUACGCAGUCUCCAACUCAUGUAGCUCAACCCACUCCCCAAUCCCAACAACGACAUCCAUAUCAAUAUCAGCAUCCUACUUUAUCCAUUAAUCCUGCCUAUGUUCUUCCCGCACAUUUUUAUUCCUCGCAUUUAACUCAGCAUCAACCCACACCACAGUCUCAAGGCACUCUUUCGCCCCACGUUCUUCAUUCACCUACUUCUACAAUGAUGGGACAAUUAUCUUCCUUCUAUGCACAAUCGCCAUCUACACCUUCAACUUCUACGGCAACCACAACGGCCUCUACCACCGCUGCGUCCGUACAACCACCGAUCAUAAACAUUCAGGCUCGAAAGGAUAGUUUUGUCACUGACGUCAGACCACUUUUACAGCCCAGCGCAUUCGGUGGUGCACGUGCUAUUAACAACCUCGUUAAUCUCAUCGACGACUUUGGUUCUGAGGAGGUCGAACCUGCCUUGCGAAUGGAAAUCCUCACCAAGAUCCGCGAUAACGCCGCCAAUCACUAUUUUCGGGCGUGGUCCGAAAAUAACACUGCUAUGGACAUUACUCGGGAAUGGCUAAAAGCUGCUGCCACAGCCAAGCCUGACACCCCGUUGGUUGACACUGUAAUGCCGUUACUUCACAUCAUCGACAGGUUACCGUUGUCAGUCGAGUCACUCAAGUCCUCAAAGUUAGGCAAGAUCAUCGUCAAGUUAGUCAAGGAGCCUCCAGCUCCAGCGAUCAAGGACAUGGCAUCGAACUUGGAACGGAGAUGGCGACAAUUGGUCGAAACUGCCCAAAAGCAGGCAGAAAAUACUCAAACUGAGGACUCGAAGCUCAAAAAGCGAAAACCUGUCGAACAGCCUUCAGCAAAAGCGCCACCACCUGCGAAAAAGGUCGCCGUGGCGCCUACUGCCUCCGCAUUGAAACCAACUGCGAUGAAGAAAGAGACGAAACCUAUUCUCGCCGUCAAAGACGCUCGUUCCGAUUCCUCGUUCUUUUCUGCGCCGAAACCGAAAGCCAAGUUACCAAGCUUCAAGAAAGCCCCGGUACCGGUCAAGAAGGAACCUGAUCUCAAUGUUGCUCAACCAUCGUCGAUCGAUCCGUUCCAGGAGGCAUUGAAGUCGAUGGGUAAAGGACGCAGGGACUCUCCAGUAACACCUACACCGCCACCAACUUCGACAUCAAUUACGCCGCCCCUGGUGACUUCUGGAAGAACAAAGAGAAAAUCUGUGACUUGGGCUCCUGAUGGUCAACUAGAAUCGAUCCGGCUGAUAGAACGAGCUGUGUACGACGAUGACCCUGUUGAUGGCGUUCAUACUGCUCACAGUUUGCGCGAUCUGGAUCGGGGAGAAGGUGCUGCUCUACAUGCUCCCCUAUUCGAGGAAGUUAUCGAUUGGACGGACCCAAUAACUCUCGAAUUCGAUCUCGAAGCAUCCCAACGCGGACAGAAUAGUGCGGAAAAGACAACUCAGGAGGAGCGUGAGCAAACAGCUUUGGGUGCACUAUAUAUGUCGCCAGCACAGAUACCUGACAGUCCUGGCGAGCCCACGACGACCAUCGGUGAUGACGAGAUAGAUGUGGACGUGAAGGUCAUGACAGUGGGGUCAGAGUGCGAUAAUUUCUUUUGGAGAGAAGCCGAUUUGCCUCAGCCGAACGCCGCAUCUGUCGCUGAUCUCGUAGGUCAAUUAUCGGGAGGUUUUGAUUCGAUGAGUGCGCCCGGCAACACGGGCGUCCAAUCAUUUGGCUUUGAUCCCGCACUGCUUUCACAAUUGCCUAUUGCUCCAGAACAGGUGCAAGAAUUGAUGCAACAGGCCCAAGCGCUGUUCAACCAGCACCCGUCGGGAACCGGUGUACAAGCCCAAUUUGGAGGCACAGAUCAGAACUGGAAUGCGAAUACCGCCACCGGUGAUUAUGGUCGAGGAUAUGCUGACAACGGCAGUGCUCGCGGGCGAUGGACAUCAGAUAGGGGUCAGUUUCGCGGUCGCGGACGUGGUCGGGGACGGGGAGAAGAUGGAUCGUAUAGAAGUAGUAAACGAAAACCAUGCAGUUUUUUUGCAGAAGGAAGGUGCAGAUAUGGCGAUCAGUGCGAUUUUAGCCAUGAACCUAUUUUUUCGUGAUGCGGAUGGGAAGGUGUUUAGAGAGAUGGGCGGUAAUAUCAUAUACAGCAUUGAGCAUGUUUUGUGGACUAACAUUUUUGAUAUCCAAUUCGAUGGCAUCUUGAUGACGGUCUAUCGCGUCAGU